ACACUGCAAUGGCUGAGGGGCGGCUGUUGGCAGCUUGGAAUGAGCUCAUUCUCCCAGGAGGGAGUAAGGCUCAGAGAGAAUCACUGAGAAGCUGCAGCCCAUCUGUAAAAUACAUCCUCAGUCUGUCUCUGCUGGCCUGAUUCUUUUACUUGGGGGUGUGCACAUGGUGGAAGUGAAAAUGUAGAUGAAAGGCAAGGGGAAAGAGAAGUCUCCAGCUUUGGAACGGAGAGUUCUCUGUCUGGGUUUUUGCCCUCCGGAACACAGCAGCACACAAUGUCAAAGAAGGGUGCUGCCGUUCGAGCUAAGGGAGACAAGCCUGAUGCCUUAGCUGCUUUGCAAGCUGCCAAUGAAGAGCUCAGGGCCAAACUGACUGACAUUCAAAUUGAACUUCAACAAGAAAAGAGUAAGGUUGCCAAAUUGGAACGAGAAAAAAAUCAAGAAGGAAAGCUGAUCAGGGAGCAGGAGCAGCAUAAACACACUGUGGUAGUAACUGAACUCAAAGCCAAGCUGCACGAAGAAAAAAUGAAAGAACUCCAGACUGUGCGAGAGAGUCUGUUACGGCAGCAUGAAGGUGAGCUUCUCCGAAUCAUCAAAAUAAAAGACAAUGAGAACCAGAGACUUCAGGCACUUGUUAACGCCUUGCGUGAUGGAGCUGCUGACAAAGUUAAAACAAUGCUUUAUAAUGAAGCUAAAGAAGAGGCCAAGAAAGUAUUUGAGGUUGAGAAAAUCAAACUGCAACAAGAAAUCUCUGAUUUGAAGGGGGCUAAAAAACAUGUGGAGGAAGCAUUAAGUCAGGCUGUUCAUGCUGACAAGAUGAAGGCUGCAGAGAUAAGAAGUGUGUACCACCUGCAUCAAGAGGAAAUCUCCAGGAUAAAAAGAGACUGUGAAAGGGAGAUUCGUAGACUGAUGGAUGAGAUAAAAUUUAAAGACAGAGCAGUCUACGUGCUGGAAAAAGAGCUGGGGGCUCAGGCUGGGCAUGCUCAGAGACUCCAGCUCCAAAAAGAGGCUUUAGAUGAACAACUUACCCAGGUCAAAGAGGCUGAAGCAUGGGAAAAACGACAUCUGAGUAGCCCGAAAAGGGAACUUCCUUGCGCAAGUGGUGCAGGAGACGCCUCAGAUCAUUCAGGAAUCCCUGAACAGCAGCUGGACGAAAGGGAUACUCGGCGAUUCCAACUUAAAAUUGCUGAAUUAAGUGCAAUCAUCAGAAAACUAGAAGAUCGAAAUGCUCUGCUGUCCGAAGAAAGAAAUGAACUUCUCAAGCGUUUACGUGAAGCAGAAAGUCAGUACAAACCUCUCCUGGACAAAAAGAGACGCCUUAGUAGGAAAAAUGAAGAAAUGAGCCAUGCUCUACGGCGUAUGGAAAAUAAACUCAAAUUUCUCACACAGGAAAAUCUAAGAAUGAAGGAAAAGGUGGGGACUAUACGCCGACCAAGCUCCUUAAAUGAUCUAGAUCAGAGUUAUGAAGAAAAAGAAAAUGAACUUCUUCGAAUGCAAGUUAUUGAACAGCAAAAUAUCAUUGAUGAUCUCAGUAAGGCAUUGGAGACAGCCGGUUAUGUCAAGAGUGUCAUAGAUCGGGAUAAGCUUCUACAUUACAGAAAACAGAGGAAGAAAGUUACAAAAUCAAGCAAGAAGCCAGUUGUGGAGACCUUUUUUGGAUACGAUGAUGAAGCCUCACUGGAUUCUGAUGGUUCAUCCAUUUCCUACCAAACUGAUAAGACGGAUCGAACCCCUUGUACUCCUGAAGAUGAUCUGGAUGAGGGAAUGGCAAAAGAGGAGACUGAACUACGCUUUCGUCAACUGACCAUGGAAUAUCAGGCUUUGCAAAGGGCAUAUGCUUUGUUACAGGAGCAAGUUGGUGGAACCUUGGAUGCUGAACGAGAAGUUAAGACUCGUGAACAAUUACAGGCAGAAAACCACAGAUAUCAAACUAAAAUUGAAGAUCUGGAGAAGGCUCUGGCACAACAGGGGCAGGACAUGAAAUGGAUCGAGGAGAAACAAGCACUUUAUCGCUGGAACCAAGAACUACUCGAAAAGAUUCGGCAAAUGGAGUUUGAGGAAAACCGCCUUAGACAUGAUGUGCAGGAUGUGAAAGAUCAAAAUGAGCUUUUAGAGUUUCGUAUCCUAGAACUUGAAGAACGAGAACGACGAUCACCUGCCAUUAAUUUUCAUCAUAUCCCAUUUCCAGAGGAAAUGAGUCCUCUCCAAGUCUACUGUGAGGCAGAAGGAGUACAAGACAUUACGAUAGCAGACCUCAUGAAACAGUUGGAUAUUUUAGGAGAUAACGCCGUAAGUAACUUGACCAAUGAGGAACAAGUGGUUGUGAUUCAGGCCCGAACAGUUUUGACAUUGGCCGAAAAGUGGUUGCGACAGAUUGAGGUGACAGAGUCUGCACUACAGCAGAAGAUGAAUGACAUUGAAAAUGAAAAGGAGCUCUUCAGUAAACAGAAGGGCUACCUGGAUGAAGAACUGGACUACAGGAAACAGGCCAUGGAUCAAGCUCAUAAGCGGAUUCUGGAGCUGGAAGCCAUGUUAUAUGAUGCUCUGCAGCAAGAAGCUGGUGCCAAGAUGACUGAGCUUUUGUCUGAAGAAGAACAAGAGAAGCUGAAGGGGGCAGUGGAGCAAUGGAAGCGGCAGGUCAUGAGUGAGCUCCGGGAACGCGAUGCACAAAUACUGAGGGAGCGAAUGGAACUUGUCCACCAUGCCCAACAGAAAAUAAAAGAGCUAGAAGAAAGAAUUGAGGCACAAAAACGAUUGAUAAAAGAGAUGGAAGAAAAGCUUUCAUUCUUUGGUCGUAAUUCUUCCAGGCAGUCGGCAAGGAAGGUCACAUUGAAAGAAAAAAAGAUAGCUACUGUAAUAAAUGACCAAAUUACAGUGUUGCUCCAAGAAAGACCAACAUUAUUCCAAGACAAUACAGAACACCUCACAAUUCUCUUUGAGAAGAAUAGAAAGUACAUGAGGAAUAUUCAGGGUUCAAAGGCAGUUGUGCCAGUAAUUCAGAACUCGAAGAAAACCCUGGAGAAUCAUGUCCUUGAUUUGAGAGCCAAGCUCAGUAAAAAUGUAACAAAAGCGUUAAAGGUAAUGGAAAAUGCAAAUGGACCAAAUGCAACCAUUUACAAUGAUAUGUCAACAAGAAAAAAAACUAUAGAAUUUAGAAAAUUGAUUUCCUUUUGAGGAAAUGAGCACAGGAGAGUGUACAGCAAGAAUAGUUUGGAUAUUUAAUGGAUGCAAGGAUGACCUUAAACUUCCCUGCUGUGCAGGAGACUGAGAAAACUGCUUCUAUAUAGAAGCAUGACUUCCAUUCAAGAAUAAUUUCUACUUCAUACACUCUGCUACAUCAAGAACAUUUUGUAGCUGCAGAGGUUGCAAAACCUUGGCAGCAAUACUUCAGCCAAAUCAAUGAAGUCAACAUGCUAUUGAACAUGAAACGUUUUUUAUAUCAAACCAUACAGAUGUCACUUCAGAGGCAUGGAUGGUCUGUGCGUAUGUGUAAACCUGUUGCCCUGUAAACUUCAAAAUAAUAUACAAGACAGAUAAAAUAAAUGCAAUGACUUGCUACGCAGAAGUGAUCCAACUGAAGAAAGAGGAUUGAUUAAUUGAUGGCACAAAUAUGUUGAAACAACUUUAAAUGCUUGAACUUAGUAUAAAACUGUUGGUAAUGUUUACAAAAGGUAAAACCACGAAGUUUGGCUAGAAUCCCAAACAAAUAUUGGGAUCUGAAUUCAUCCUGCAUUUCCAAAGAAAGGGAGCUAUGUGAUUCCAAGAAUCCCAGAAAAAAAAAACAAAAUAUAUUUAGAAUGUCAAAAUAUACUCAGAGUAAAUGAUAAUUUCAUGAUGUGAAGAAGAUACCACAAAACAGAUACAAUGGGAGAAAAUCCUAGGGAAAUUUGGAAAAUAGGUGUAAAAGUAAAGUCAAGUAAAAAUGUACAGUAGUUUUUAGUUGAACUGCAGAAUAAGUAUUACUGGGGAAAAGGGUAUUUCUGCUGCUGCUACAAGGAGAAAAACUGCAAAUGUUCAUAUUUUCAGUUGGUGGGGAGAGCAAUACAAGAGAAUGGAAUUUGAAGAUUUUAUUUUUUUAAACAAAUUGUAUUUGCCCAACAUGGAUCAAGUUGGAUUUUCCCCUAAAAGAAAAUCAAAGGAAGAUAAAUUACAUACAAAAGGAUGAGUCUUAUAUAUUUGAGUACUGGCAAAUGAAUGCCAGAAAACAUGAAAUUUGACUUUUCAAAUAAUGAACACGGGGAAGAAAAAGCUUAAUUAAAAAUUGUUACAACCAGAUACAUCCAUAUCCAGAUGUAUAAAUAAGGAGAUGAACUGAAUCACGUAUUCAUUGAAGGCGUUGCAAGAAAUAAGGUGACAGCAAGGUGAAGAACAUCCAUUGUACUCAUACCAAAAUGAAAGCGGAUCUGGAGAAGGUGCAUUCAUAAGUGGGGCAGGAGAGAUGAGUGCAGAACUCCAGGGAGAGACAGUGAACCAGUGGGUGACUAUUCGACACUAGCCACCAUGAUCACAGUGAAGAAGGAGGAAGAGGAUGCCAAGGAAAGCAGAAGAUUAUUCAAACCCAGGGCAAUUGGCGAGGAAGAAAUACUGAUCUCCCAGAUUCCUGAUGGAGAAUUACACUGUUACAUAGUCCAUUGAAUGGGGAGCUGCUCUCCUCUGGUUCCAGAUUCCAACCGAAGCCAUUGAAGACUUUAGGCUUAACAAUAUUUAAUGGCAUUAAUGCUAAUGAACAACAGAACUGAUGUACUCAAGCGAUCUUCACGUUCAAGCUAUUCUGCUUAUUAGCAAAUGUGGGAAGGAUGCCAAAAGAAUAAUCCAAGUUGGAUGGGGAAUCAAAAGCAGUUUCUACAAAUGCUCUGGGCUUGUGGAAAAAUGUGAUCAAAGAGAAACAGGAAAUAGGAACAAGAGAAUGCCAUUGAGCCGAGGUCACCCACUCUGCCAUUUAAGAUGGUCCAUUCUGUCUCAAGAUUUACAGCAGGAAACUGGGCUGCAUUCAAACCACUGGGGAUGGGAUCUUCACAAGCCUGUCAUUGAUCUGAACAAUGCAUAUGUCAGCUGCUGCACGUCUCUCUGCUUUCAGCCUUACUUCUGAAGAUAGCCAAAGUUCAUCAAACAAUGUGAACCAGCUCUAUGACUGCCAGAAUCCAGAAAGUGCUGAAGUACAGUUAAUUAUUUCUCAUGUUGUAACGAUCCAUUAUGUCCCGUGUAAUUUUCCUCUGUAUAUUUCAAAAUUCCCAUUUUUGCCUCAGAGGUGCCUCUACUACUCCAGCAUCUGAUGCAUUCCUUAAGAAAUUUGUGAACACAAAUAGGUGCACUCUUCCAGUCAGACAUUAGAAAAAUUCCAGUUUGUGUUGUUCUUUGUAUUAAAGUGAAGGAAACUGAAAUAACAUAUUGCUGCUAUUUACAAAGGGAAUGAUCGCAAUUAGAAAAAGGUUGAAUGAUAAGAUUUUACACACAAAAGCUGCAGGUAAAAUGCAUUAUAUUGUUAAAAGGCCCAACUACGAUCUUUCAGUAAAGAAAUUCAAUGACAUAAUUAACCGAGAACAACAAAUUCAAAAUAAAUGAAUAACAUAUCAUUAAUUUGGAAACUUGUCACAUUGGUUAAGUUUCUCAAGUAUUAUUUAAAUAUGAAAUAAUGCUGUCAAGUUUAUAGUGUCAAAUUUUGUCAAUUCAUAACGGAUAUAGUGAUGUGAGUUCACAAGAAAACAAUGUUUUCAAAAAAAAUCUGUAUUUGGUGAAGAAAUUUUGAAAUUACUAAGUAUCUUGUUUAAAUGCCUUGGGUUAGAAAAAGCCCAUAGACUGCAUAAAUGCAGGAAAGCACUACUACUAUUGGAAUCACAUAGUUCAUUAAGGUUUUCUGUGACACCAAUAACUUGGAUGAUAUUUGAAUUAUGUUAACAAACAAUUGAGGGCAGAUUGUUUGAUCCUGGCUUGAUGAGAAGAAUUAGUCAGGCCAUGUUUGUGCAUGUUGUAAAUAUGUGACUGGCAGUUUGUUAAAAUAGUGAUUCACGCACAAAGAAAUUAUAACUGCAAAAGAACAGAAGGUUUUUGAUAAGAAAUGUACAGGAGAAACCAAUGAAGCAUGAGAUAGAUCCAGUGAUAGUUGGAUUAGAAUGCUUUUUUAUUAUUUAUAUGUACAAAGUUGAAUUGUACUGUGUACAGAAAAGCUGCAGUGGGAUUAUUUUAAUCAUAAUUAGUAAAGCAUCGUCUAUUUGCAGUAUUCAGUUCAAUUUUGACCAUUUGAAUCGUCUAAACUAAACUCCAUUUAGAUUUUGACCCAAUUCGCUGAUAAUAACUGAUACCCACCAAAUGUUGUCCAUAAAAGGUUUGUUUAUUGUAUUGUUUAAGCUGUUAAAGAAUAGUGGUUUAUUCAAAAUACAGUAAUAUGCCCAGUAUUACAAAGCCUUCAAAGAUUUCCAGAGUGCCUUACAUGGCUUGUUAACAAGAAAAUUAACAACGUUUAAAGAGGUGCAUUUUUAAAUAAGCCUUCGAUGUAGGGCAGCAAAGCCAGGCAAAUGUAGCAUACAUUAGUUUGGGUAUUUGAAAGUUAAUUAACUCCAAAAUAUUAUAAUGUCAGCAUUAAAAUAGUGUUUUGCCUAAACACUAAUUUUAUUUGCAUUGUGAAUGGAUUUAGUUUAGACUCAGGAAAUCAUGCUGUGAAUAUGUGUAAUGAUUCAUAAAACCUUGAUUUCUUGUACAUUUUUAUAAGUAUACUGUAAAUUUAUGCAGAAAUAUAAAUUAUUAAGAUAGUGCCAGUUGUGGCCAGAAGGCCAUGGGUUUCUGAUUUACAUGCUCUGUAAGGUAAUCUCUGUAUACCCAUAUCGUAAAUAUUUAUUUCUUUGUUUCAGUACUAAAACAGUAAAUUGCUGUCCUGAAAAUAAGGAUUGUAAGUGGAUCAGCUACAAAUUUUACACAUAUUUUUGUAUUGUGAUUCAUGUAUAUUAGCAGAUAUUUCUAUCCAUUUGUAAAAUACAUAUAUUAUUGUAACUUUUCUAAUAAAAAUAUCACUGUUCCAGAUCUUCACGACUGGAAAGGAAGUUCAUUUCAUUUUUGAGGCUCGAAAUUAUUCUCAAACCAUGACCAUCUGCUUGUCUGUCCCUCUGUGCAAAAAAUGGAAUGCAAGCACAGAGGCUAACAGCCUGUCAGUUAGCACUGAAUAACCUCUGCAAGUAAAAGGCAAUGCAGGCUAGUAGGGUGGCAUACUCCAAGGAAAUGCAAUUUGAGUGAACAAUAAGAAACUAGUAUAAGAGCCACACGAUGCAUCCUAUGUAGGUGCGCAGGAUUGAUGUAUGUCCCUGUGGCCAGACCAAACCUCUAAGUAUUGUUGAACUCCAAGAUAAAGUCUUGAGGUGCUGAACUGGAGUGUGAGUUAGUCCAAAAGCAGCCAUGAUUAUGUGGUGAGGCUGAUAGUUUGUGGAAACUGAUUUGAAUGGAUGAAGGCAGGGUACAGUGGUGUCCAGACAGAGUUGUCUUAAGACCAGGUGAAGCAAGUAGUGAGCUGCUGCUGCCAGGUUACCACUCUACUUUCAUGUUGAGAAUUGGUGCUAUCUAGUUUCUUGGGAAAGGAGAAGAGAUUUGGGGGCUGCAUAGAAAUGAGGUAAAUUUAGCUAAUAAUGUUUUUCAAAUGCAUAGAAAUAAAGUAGAUGCCGUUCAUUAGCGAGAUUCAGAACUCACCAUUUCAACCCUAAAGGAGCAAUUCAGAAUUUUUUUCUCAACAACAAGAAUCUCAAUUUUCCAUUUUCACAAUAUUUUCCCAACUUCCUCAAUAUUGCUCACUCAAGGAGCAGAAAAUUCCACCUAGCAUCCUCUAUAAUCUGUCAUCUUUUAUCAGUUAACUCUGCUCUCCACACAUAUUAAAUGACCUGCUUCAGUAUUUCCCAUAUUUUCUGUUUUUAUUUCAGAUUUUGAACUUCUGCAGAAUAUUGACUUUUAAUCUGUAGACACCUCUAAAUCCAUUUGUGUUAAUUCCUUUUAACAUUAUCAGUUGAAUUAUUUUGAAUUGUCUUUCCUAACAGAGCUUCUUUCAUUCAGAAAGCAUUUAUAUAUUUGCAAACAUUCAUUCAUUCAAAAAAUAGUCCCCUAUCCACCUUUCUUUUGGUAGUUACAUAUAUAGCAAUCUUAUCAAAAUCCUCUGAAAACCUUACAUAUAGGUCCACAAUAUGUCUUCAUUUCAUCACAAAUUCCAUUAAGAUUAAUUGAUCCAUAAAUCACUAAACUCUCUUGCCUUUUGAUACAUUUGCUAUUCUUUCUACAACUGGUUUCUAAAUAUUUCUUGUUGAUUACGGUUAGUAUCUCUCCAUUCUCCUUUCUUCAGAAUUUCAAUGCAAACUGUCUAAUUUUUUUUUUCUGUUUUUAGUGCUUUAACCUUGUUACAUUUUAUAUAUCUGGCUUCAGCCGUGAAUCUUGCCUCAUUUUCCUUCAGAAUUUAGCAUUCUUACCUUCAACACCUUCUGUGAAAAUUGAUGAAAAAUGUUUAUUAAGUAACACAACCAGUGUAUUUAUCAUAACAUCAGCAAUUCUUUUCAUCAUGCUUUUCCACCACUCUAUUGCUUGUGAGUUUAUAUAAAUUCCACCUUCAUAUUGAACAUCAGUUUUUUUAUUUAUAAUCCUUCAGAGAGUUCCAAAUCUCUCCUUUCCACUUCUCUUCCAAAUUUUGUACAUUCUCCAAUUUUCUCUUUAUUGUAUCCUUGCUUUUGUAAUUUAUUUUUAUUAAUUCAUGGAAUGUGGGACUCACUUAUGAGUCAGCAUGUCUUGUCGUUCUGUGAUUAAGGGGUUAGUAGGGUGGUGAGUCACACUCUUGCACAUUUGCCGUCCAUGCAGUAAUGUAAAAGCAGGGAUGAAGGAGGAGCAAGUGAGGACUGCAGAUGCUGGAGAUCAGAUUCGA